UUAUUGAUUACCUAAACGAAUCCACACAAAUGCUUCUCAUUAAAUCGAAAAAAAUUUCUCCAUUUAGAUUGAAUUGAGUCACGUGAUGAGGAAUUGCAAAAUAUUGUUUAUAUGAGAGCACCCGAGUUACAAAAUACUCGUUCGGAGCGUUAGUCCUUUAACGACCGCCGAGGAGAGAGAGAGUGAAAAGCAGGCAGUCAAAAUGAAGAACUUUCUGGGAUUCAACAAGCUAGACCUCCGUAUCAACACCCCGGAUGAUGAGUGGGUGUUUAAGGAGGAACCCCACUCCUCACGGCGUCAGGAAAUACUACGGAAGUACCCGGAAAUCAAAAGACUGAUGGGAUACGACCCCUCGAUAGCCUACAUAGUGACCGCGGAGGUCCUGGUCCAAAUCCUGGUCUGCUGGAUGUUACGGGACGCCAACUGGUCCACCAUCUUUAUCCUGGCCUAUUGUUUUGGGGGCGUGUUGAACCACUCCCUGGGAAGUGCUAUACACGAAAUAGGUCACAAUCUGGCCUUCGGUCACAGCCGCCCCUGGGCCAACAGACUACUCAGCAUCUGGUGCAAUCUCCCCAUCGUGGCCCCCAUGGCCAUCAGCUACAAGAAGUACCACCAGGACCACCACAGAUACCUGGGCGAGGAGAACCAAGACGUGGAUAUUCCUACGCGUCUGGAAUCUUUCUUGUUCCGCCACCCGAUCACGAAGGUCCUGUGGCUGGCGGUACACCCGAUCAUCCACGCCAUACGACCGUUCUACAAGAGUCCCAAACCCCUCACCGGCUGGGAACUCAUUAACACGGCGUGUCAGAUGACCUUCAAUGGAUUAAUCCUCUAUUUCCUAGGAAUUAAGUCCUUGACCUACUUAUUAGCGGGGACACUUUUGGCCCUGGGUUUCCACCCCCUGGCCGGACAUUUUAUUUCCGAACAUUACCUUUUUCACGGCAAACAGGCCACCACUUCAUAUUACGGUCCGCUCAAUUUUAUUCUGUUUAACGUGGGUUAUCAUAUAGAACAUCAUGAUUUCCCGUAUAUUCCAUAUAACCGUCUUCCGGAAGUGAGGAAAAUCGCAGCGGAGUAUUAUGACCACCCAUAUCACACCUCUUGGGUCAAGGUUCUUUGGGAUUUCGUGUUUGACAGUAACAUGGGGCCACACGCCCGAGGUGUGGGGUACAGGAAGGACGAAAUCAAGGAGCAUUGAGAUUGUGGCUCCCACAUGAUAUGUUUGGUUGACUGCUAAAUGAUGAAUCUAACUUUGACGGCAUCGUGUGUAAGAGUAUUUAUUAUUGUGAGACGGAUUUAAGGGGUUUCCCCGACCUCCAUGCCUUCGUUCAAUAACUGUUGAUUACAGACCAAAUCGUUUAUAAUUUUUGUUAUACAUUUAUGACGAUCGUUUCUGCGUUAAUGCCUGUUUCUAUUCAUUGUAUUGAUUAUCCUUUUCUACAUAUAUCGAUCUCUCAACUGAACUUUAACGUGCUUUAUUUUUGUUGAAAUCGUUCAGAUAUUUUUAUGAAUAAAUGACACAAAGCCAA